GACACACAGGUUGCCUAUUCUGGGAGAAAACUUAACUCUUUAAGAAGAAGGUCAACUUAAGCAACAUAUAAGCAUGCCAUCUUUAUGAGCCGUCUGUGCAGAGUAAAAUUUAAAUAAAUGAUGAUUUAUAGAGAUAGGUACAGUUGAGACCUAUUUGCAGUUUGCUAUUUCUUCCUGAUUCCAAGAACAGAUAUUUUUUCAAAUGCCUCAUUCUAAUUCUUUCCAGUCCUAAUUUUGGAAUUCUGACUUUCUCAGAUGAAAUUAAUGGAUGGUGUUUUUGGGUCCUUGCUACUUCCUAAGCAUUGUACACUUAAUGUGAUGGAUGGAGAAUUAACAGUCUUUUUAUGCAGAAGGGCAGAAUAGCCUGGUAGUUAAAAGUACAGUCUUUGGAGUAGACUUCCCUGAGGUCCCAUCCCAACUGCUAUUCCUAGUCAUAUGACUUCCUAGUUGUGCCUUUAAGCAGGUAAGUUAUUUGAGUUCUCUAAGCUUCUGUGUGUUUGUCCCUGAAAAUGGAAUAAUAAAGUGAGAGAAUAGUGCUGGUCUUAUGGGUUGAGGAUUACAUGAGAUAACACAUAUUAAGUACCUAACUUAUAGUGUGUGCUCAAUGAAGUAUUUAGUUUUUAUUAAUUUUUUUUGGGGGGGGGAGGAGACAGCUGUAUAUAGUAAGCUGUGGGAAAUAAGGUGGAAGGGAGAAAGUGCUCUCAAUUCAGUGCUUCUCAAAUGAUGUGCAAAUGAAUCAUUUGGCUGUCUUGCAAAUAUGCAUAUUGUCGUUUAGUAAGUCUGGGAUAGGACCAAGAUUUUGCAUUUCUGUUAAUUCUCAGGUUCUGCCAGUGUUUCUGGUUCUUAGACCAUACUUGAAGUAGCAGGUUUCUCGUGGGCUUAAGCAGAGUAGUUGCCAGAUGAUUUCCCAUUUCUUGUGAUUUCCCAUUUACUUACUGCAUUUGUGGUCCAUAGAUUCUCUUGUAUCCUUUCAGUGAAUCCCCCUUUCUAAAAAGAUAGUUUCAGGGCGCCUGGGUAGCUCAGUUGGUUAAGUGGCUGCCUUCGGCUCAGGUCAUAAUCUCAGCGGGGAGCCUGCUUCUCCCUCUCCCUCUGCCUGCUGCUCCCCUUGCUUGUGCUAUCUCUCUGUCAAAUAAAUAAAUAAAUAAAUAAAAUAUUUUUUAAAAAAUUUUUUAAAAAAUAAAGUUUCAGUGGAUUUUUAUUCCUUAUGGUCAUUCAACCAGAUGAUCCCUGACCAAGGAAGACAUGUUUUGCAAAAGAGUUUAAAGCACAUUGCAUAUAGAAGGGAAAAGAAAUGAUGUUGUGGAGCUCCUCAAAGGAGUCUGGAUUUCAUUCUGUAGUCAGACAAUCCUGAAAUAUUUGAAGUUUUUGAAUAGCCAUCAUGAUCUAAGCUGAGAAUGGAAACAUUAAUUAGGCUGUGUAGGUUAACUGGAACAAGGAAUCAAAUGGCUUUUAGGCAGACAGAAGGGGAAGAUAGGUACAGGGCACAAGGUCCCCCAUCAGCAGAGUUGACUGUCUUUUAAAAAACUUUCAGAAGGCCCAUCUGGUGACUUCUGUUUAGAUCUCAUUUGCUGGAACUGUCUUAUGGGCCCCCCUACCGCAAGAGAGUGUGGAAAAUACAGUUUUUGGCUGUAGUUUCUAUUGCUACUGCAAAAAAAUUGGAGAACAUGUUAGUAAGGAAGAAAGGGAGAAUGGAUAUUGGUUAAGUAACUGGUAGCAUCUGCCACACCAUAGGAUUUGGUAAAUAGAAGGUCACUAGUAUAGAAAAAUUGGCAAAGAAUUUAAGUGUUUGAUUCACAUAAGAAGUACAAAUUUUAGUCAGUGUGAAAAAUCUUCACCCUUGGUAGAAACCAAUGAAAUACAAAUUAAAACAGACAUGUUUUACCUAACACACUUGACAUAGGUAGGCUGGGUCCAAGGACCCAGGGAGGUCCUGCAGGACCGACCAAGAGGGUCUUUGGCUUUGAGCAGGAUAGAAAUCAAAUGUAGCCAGGAGGAAGUGAGAGCAGAGUUUAUUGAAUAGCAUAAGUGAUAGAGUAUAGCAGAUGGAGUGUCUGGGAGACUCAGAAAGGAAAAGAGAAUGGGUCUGUCCUUUGCUUGGGCUCUGGGGUUUUUAUUGAGGGGUCUGGUGUCCAGGUGUCCUCCCUGAAAGACUUAUUGCCUGGAGCCAGGGGGUUUUGGCAUCAAGAGGUCUAGAGUCAGUGGUCUAGAAAAUGUGUAUGACAGCCCUGCUUGGUCAUUCCUUAGAUGUUAUCACCUCUGCUGGCUGACCAAAAAAUCAUUAACUCCUUGACCCUUAUAAGAAGGACAUACAUAAUUUGUACUAUAAGGCAUGUACAAGGUGGGGGUACAGGUCCUAGCAAGAACAGAAGCAGGAAAAUAAGCAAAAAGCAGUUUUUCAUGGAGUUCCUUCAGUUUCCCUAGCUCAUAUAGAGAACAAUUAUAUUGAUGAAGAGAAUACACCAAACUGGAAUAGACUUUUGGAGGUGAACGUGAAUUAGUAGUCUUUCUAGAAAGUACUUUAGCAGUACAUAUCAAGAACCUUUUAAAAGUUUGUCCUUGAUAGUUUGGCUAUUUGAUCCUAGAGUAUUCUAAUAAAGUAAUCAGAGAUACAGACAAAGAUGUGCGUGCACAAAAGUUCAUCAUAAUUUUAUAUAAUAAAAUGUUGGAAAUAACUGAAACGUUCAGUAUAGAGAGAAUUGGUUAAAUUAAGGUACCUCUGCAGGAUGGAAUGCUAUUUAACAAUUUAAAAAAUAUUUUUACAGGAUAUCUAAAGAUACUGGAAAAUUGUCAUUAUUAGUGUUAAGGAAGGAAAAUAUUUUCAAUUUUGAAUAAAAACAUUUUUAGAAAAUGAUUGGAAGGAAGAUCUUUCAGGGAGGAGAUACAUCAGAAGAUUAGAUGUAGUUGUUAGGUGGUUUCAAGUAACUUGAAUUUUUUUUGCACGUUUCUGAUAUUACGGAUGAAUACUAUUUUUAUAAUUGGGAAAAGACCAACAGUGUUUUGAAAAUGCUUGCUAGGGAAGUCCAGGUCACUUGGGUCUCUUGAGGGAGAUUAGAAUGAAGUACUGGGCAGGAGGCUUAUUACAUGCGGUUGAGGAGAGAUGGGAGAUGAAAAAUAGAGGCAGCAUUUUGAGGUCAGUUUUGAGAAAUUUGGGAACAAAGACAGAUCCCUAGCUCUAUUGGGACUGUAGGGAUUCCAGAAAGAAUAUUAGGGACAUGGGCUCCUGGGUGGCUCAGUCCCCCUGCCUUCCUUCAGCUCAGGUGAUGAUCUUGGGGUCCUGGGAUUGAGGCUUACGUCAGGCUCCCUGCUCAGCGGGAAGCCUGCUUCUCCCUCUCCCUCUCCCCCUGCUUGUGUGCUUUCUCUCUCUGUCAAAUGAAUGGAUAAAAUAUUAAAAAAAGAAGAAGAAGAAGAUUAGGGACUGACCAAUUUCAGGGUUGAGGGAAGAGGAAGAAGGAAAGGCAAGGAGAAUUCAACGGUGUUCUGGAGGGGGUGGGAAGAGAUGGAUCAAAGGGAUCAAGUGGGCCUAAAGACUGCUUCUCUAAGCAGAGAAAAAAGAAGGUGAAGGAGGAAUUUUGGAAAGCCAUGAGUUUAAGUUCCAAGAAAAGAAACGAAGUUCUUUCCCUUUUGCCUCCUGGUGCUGCAGACUCUUGCCAUCCUCAGUGUUGCUACAUGCUGUUGGAUCCUGUGCCUUUUCCUUCUUAAGUGGUUUCCAUUUUUAUCAACAAGGGACUUAAGGACACAGGGAUAGCUGAGAAAAAACUGCAGAGUAAAGUGUGAUGUGAUGGAAAGAAUGCUCGUCUGGUGGAUAAAACCUAGGAUUUUGUUUCAUUGCUAUCACAUUUAACCUUUAUGUUAUUGGUUAUUUGCUUAGAGGUUGGUAAUCUUUUUAAAUCGUUCAUGCUCAAAACUGUACAGAAAGUGUAUAAAGCAUACUGGAGAACAGUCUCCCAAACUUCCUGGACCAGGUUGCUCAGUUUCUUGUAUAUUCUUCCAGGAGUUUUCUAGUCAUGCACAUACAAAUAUAUAAGUGUAUAUUGGCCCAUUUUAUUUUUCUUUUAUACAAUGGAAUCUGCCUUACAUCCAUUUGCCAGCUUGUUUUUCCUUUUAACAGUGUAUCUUGGACAUCUUUUCAAAUCAGCAUGUAUGGAUUUGUUUCAUUAUAUUAUUUUUUUUACAAGCUACAUAUUAUUCCACCUUAUGGAUGAACCUUAGAUUCUUUGACCUAGUUUGGUGAUUUUCAAGAGACCCUUGAUUAACUAUGAUUCUUUAUUCCUUUUACCACAGUUCUUUUCUUUUCUCUAACAUGGUUCUUACAUGAUAUUUUAUGGUUUUUUUUUUUUAAUAGUAGAUACUGAUAUUCAGACUGACAAUAAUUUGACAAAGGAAAUGUAUGAAGAAAAACAUAAUACAUCAUUUGAACUUCAGAGGGACUUUUCCGAGGAAACAGACUUUUCAGAAGCCUGUAUUCUAGAGAAACAACAGGAAGUCCAUUUGGUAGGAAGCAUGAAGAAAGAAAAAAGCAGCGUUAUUGAUGGAACAGUGAAAGACGACAGCAGCCCUGUGGAGGAGUGUUUCUUUAGUCAGAGUCCAAACUUGGGUCCGUGUCACACCGUCAGCACUGGAGAGAAGUCCCCUGAACGUUUAGGAUUGGAGAGAGCCUUCAGCUUUGACUCAAAACUUACUCAGCAUGAAAUAAUUAAUUCUGGGGAAAGACCUUUUAAAUGUGAAGAAUUAGUGGAAACCUUCAGGUGUAACUCUCAGCAUCAAGAUGGCUACACUGGGGAGAAGGCUUAUCAGUGUAAGGAGUGUGGCAAAGCCUUUAGCAUUAAUGCAAAACUAAUUUGGCAUCAGAGACUUCAUAGUGGGGAGAAACCCUUCAAAUGUGUGGAGUGUGGGAAAAGCUUCAGUUACAGUUCCCAUUAUAUCACACAUCAAACAAUCCACAGUGGGGAGAAGCCCUACCAGUGUAAGGUGUGUGGGAAAGCCUUCAGUGUUAACGGGAGUCUAAGUCGGCAUCAGAGAAUCCAUACAGGAGAGAAGCCCUAUCAGUGCAAAGAGUGUGGAAAUGGCUUCAGCUGUAGUUCUGCAUACAUCACACACCAGAGAGUCCACACUGGAGAGAAGCCUUACGAGUGCAAUGACUGUGGGAAAGCUUUCAAUGUUAAUGCAAAAUUAAUUCAACAUCAGAGAAUCCACACUGGAGAGAAACCUUAUGAGUGUCAUGAGUGUGGGAAGGGCUUCAGGUGCAGCUCCCAGCUGAGGCAGCAUCAGAGCAUCCACACCGGGGAGAAGCCCUUUCAGUGUAAGGAGUGCGGGAAGGCCUUCAGUAAUAAUGCAAAACUCAUUCAGCAUCAAAGAAUCCACACAGGUGAGAAACCUUAUGAGUGUACUGAAUGUGGAAAGGCCUUUAGUGUCAAAGGGAAGUUAAUCCAGCACCAGAGAAUCCACACGGGUGAGAAGCCCUAUGGGUGUAACGAAUGUGGGAAAGCCUUCAGGUGUAAUUCCCAGCUGCGGCAGCAUCUGCGAAUCCACACUGGUGAGAAGCCCUAUGAGUGUAAUGAGUGUGGAAAGGCCUUCAAUGUUAAUGCAAAACUAAUGCAGCAUCAGAGAAUUCACACUGGGGAGAAACCCUUUGAAUGUAAUGAGUGUGGGAAAUGCUUUACUUCUAAAAGAAACCUACUUGAUCAUCUCCGAAUCCAUACUGGAGAAAAGCCUUAUCAAUGUAAGGAAUGUGGGAAAGCCUUCAGUAUCAAUGCCAAACUAACCAGGCAUCAGAGAAUCCACACUGGAGAGAAACCUUUCAAAUGUAUGGAAUGUGAGAAAGCAUUUAGCUGUAGUUCUGACUAUAUUGUACAUCAGAGGAUCCAUACUGGAGAGAAACCCUUUCAGUGUAAGGAGUGUGGAAAAGCCUUCCAUGUUAAUGCCCAUUUAAUUCGGCAUCAGAGGAGCCACACUGGGGAGAAACCCUUUAGAUGUGUGGAGUGUGGCAAAGGGUUCAGCUAUAGUUCUGACUGCAUUAUACAUCAGACUGUCCAUACUUGGAAGAAACCCUACGUGUGUAAUGUAUGUGGGAAAGCCUUCAGGUUUAGCUUCCAACUUAGUCAGCAUCAAAGUGUCCAUAGUGAAGGAAAGGCCUAAUGAGAAGAAUGUAGAAAACUCUCAAAGUUAAUGAAUCAAGUAUCAUCCGAUUCACUGUGCUGGAAAACCUUGAGAGAAAUGAAUAUGGCAUCUUCCCAUGGAAACACAUCUUUUCCAUCUUUUAAAAUCAGGAAUGAUGACUGGUUAAAAAGUAACAUCCAAAAAUAGCUUGUCUUAUACCAACAACUAAUUAGGAAAUAUGAUGAAAGAAAAGAUCCCAUUCCCAACAGCAUCGAGAAAAGUGGAUCUCCUAGGAAUAAACAGGAUCUAUAUGGAGAAAGAAAUCUCCACUGAGGGCCACAAAAGGAAAAAUAAAUGGGGAGAGAGAGAAACCUUGUUCUUGGAUAGGAAGACUCAUGAAGAUAUUCACUCUACCUAAAUUUAUUUCCCUUUCGUUUUUGACACCAAGCAUGCAUCACUUUUGUAAAGAGGAUAAACAAUAAAGAUUUCCUUAGAAAGAAAAGAUGAGUAAAUUUUUUAUUUUCAUGGAAGGGAGAAAACCUUUCCUAAGCAUCAUAUGAAAGCUAAAGCCAAACCUAAGGGAAAAUAUCAAUACACUAACUUUUCAAAAUUAAAUAUUUUUGUUUUUAAUAAUCCCAAAUAAAGUUA